AUGACGCAUCACUCUAAUGAACAAAAGCAUGUCGAUAAGGAACUGCCUCAACCUCACAACAGCAACCACAUCAGCACAGCGCCUCUCAAGGAUAAGCUAUUAACAAACUCAAGCUAUCUGGCAGCAGAGAUCCCAUUGAAAUUAGGGCAUUUCAUGUCCAACUUGUGGAUAUCUGGUUCAGAGCUCUCCAACUCUUUCUUUCUUCAAAACGGAGAAUGCAACCCUGAUUCAGAAACUGCUCAAAUUAUUUGGCUGCUGGGCCGUCCCUACCAAACAAAGCCCUUGGAUCAGAUGCAACAGGCCAUCUUAGAUGCGCAAAAGGAUGAAAUGUUUAGGCCCGGCGGCACUACUGCUGAUAGAGACGAUGGAGAGGUUCUUAAAGACAAUGUGUCCAUGGUGUGGCCGCCUGAUUUCUAUGAUGAUUUUACCUCCCGAUUAUGGAUGACCUAUCGUCACAACUACCCUCCUAUCCGUCCAUCUAAUCACAAGACAGACAUAGGAUGGGGCUGUAUGCUGAGAAGCGGCCAGAGUCUACUAGCAAAUACACUGUUGAUUCACUUUUUAUCGAGAGAUUGGAGACGACAGAAGCAAACAGCAGCAGCAAGGCUACAGUAUGCAAAGAUUAUUCAUUGGUUCUUGGAUGAACUGUCGCCGAGAGCACCGUUUUCGAUUCAUAGAAUAGCGUUGUUGGGCAAGCAGUUGGGCAAGAACAUUGGCGAGUGGUUUGGUCCCAGUACAAUCAGUCAAGUGAUCCAGGCACUCGUAUCAGACUUCCAACCUGCUGAUUUAUCAGUCUAUAUCGCUACAGACGGUACCAUCUACUUGGAUGGUGUGCAAGAUGUUACAACAGGAAAGAAGCCAAGGGGCGAUUUUAGCUAUUUCACAAACAAGCUCUCUUCAAGUGCUUCAGACGAGGGCAGAGAAGAAGCAAAGCACCUAUACGAUGCCAGCAGCACACCACAGGAACAAGAACAAGCGACAUCUCCUAAUACAGAUUCACCAGACGACAAAGACACCGUAUUCAAGCCUGUGCUGAUGCUGGUCGCCUUGCGUUUGGGCAUUGAUUCGCUUCAUACUACCUACUAUCCGGCACUGAAAGCAUGCUUUGAGCUGCCCUCCUUUGUCGGCAUUGCUGGUGGCAGACCCAAUUCAUCGCUCUACUUUAUAGGCCUACAAGGUGACGAUCUAAUCUACCUUGAUCCACAUUUCUCAAGACCAGCACUGGAAACAAAGAGUUUAUCAGAAUACACCAGAGAAGAUUUCAGCACGUAUCACUGCACUAUACCUCGUCGCAUUCCUAUUGCUAAUCUGGACCCCUCCAUGAUGCUUGGAUUCUAUUGUCGUACGCAGAGAGAGCUGGAUUUGUUUUGUGAUCAGAUUAAAACUAUAUCUCAAAAGCACACUGCAAUCUUCAGUAUUCAACAAAGCACACCUGAAUAUGAUGAAGAUGUUCGUAGCGAAAAUGAUUUCGGAGUGAUGAGUGAUGAGGAUGACCCAUUGGAAAACAAAAGCAAGUGCAAAGAGGAUGAUUGUAGCAAUGAUAGUGAUAGCAAUUCCAUUUUUUAA